AAAAGUUACUUGUAUAUAUAAAUUUUCCGCCAUAUUAAAAAUACUGAAAUCUGCUAGGCGUUCUGAAGCACCUUGAGCGGUGACGUCACCCCUAGGUCCCAGUCUCGUAUUUCAUCCACUUUUUUCUCGCGCUUGCUUCAGAACGACUGGGACUAGGCUGCUUGCUAUGGUUGACGGUGAUGAUUGUGGAUAAUUGUUAUUGUUUAUGGUUAUGGUUAUGGUUAUGUUUUUAUGUUCUCGUUAAUAAACUAUGUUUAGGUGCAGUGUUGAUAAAAUCCGACGAGAUGGUCAACGAGCGUUGAGACUUCUAUCCGAUAAUGUGGAUUUAAUAGUCUUGUUAAGGUAUGCCCCUUUCUUGGUUCUAUGAUUUUUAAAUCUUCAUGUUUUCGUUAAAGCAAAUGCAUGACCUCCCACUGGGUCAACGUUUCCUAUACCCCAUGGGUGUUAUAGUUACCAUUUGACCCCUCUUUGGGGUGGAAAAAGUACCCUUUGGAAGGUGGGGACGGAGGAAGUGUCCUGAACGAGAGAAGAGGAGAAUAAUAAGAGAGAAAUACCAAGAAUAAGCUUAAAACUCAAAAGAAUGAGAUUUUUAAAAACGUUUGAAAUUGUCUUUGUUGAUUGCAAGAAUUUUAUCAUGAAAAUGCAGGAACCGAGUCAGCAAGCCCUCUUCACUGGCCUCAAGGGGGAGAAAAGUAGCUCUACCAAAAUUGGGGGUGGGAAAAAGUAACUCCACCGGUAACUGUAUGUAUCACUGCACUACUUUAAAAUCUAUUGGUUAUAGCCUUGGUCAAACCAGAUAACAUUAUUUCCUAGCCAUGUUUUCUGAAUAUUGGCGGCUAACAUGGAAAAUGUUUGGGCAUCAAAAAUCAUACUUGGAGAACAACAUUCAUUAUUGUUCUAAAUUGUUGGCAAACAGUUUUGCUUCCUUUGGUGCACAACGGCGAAACAUCUGAGAAGAGAUUUAGCCCAGAGCUUUAAUUAUUACACAUUGUUUUCAUAUUUUUUGUGAUUUUAUUGUUCAGUUUGUGUGAAGACGACAUUGUAUCAUGGUUGCCAGAUUCAAAACAACAAAUACCUGCAGCAUCUGAGAAAAAGCGAAACGUGUACAAUGGGCACGAUGACCCAGGUAUGAUUGAAUGUACGGAUAAAUAUCGAGAUUUUUCAUACCUUAUAUAUACUGGCAUCAGCCACGAUAUAUACAGUAUACAUCGACAACCGGACUCUGUAGCUGGGUAGAGUGCUGUACCGGAAUCGCAGGGCACAGGUUCGAUUCCUAUCAGAGGGAUCGCAGGGCACAGGUUCAAUUCCUAUCAGAGGGAUCGCAGGGCACAGGUUCAAUUCCUAUCAGAGGGCCUAUCGUUGCAUUUUUCGCAACUGCUCCUGGUUAGGUCUAAAAUUGUAUGUACUUUCCCAUCAAAUUUUCAAUCUACAAAAAUUCUUCAAAUGAUUGAAUGUAUGUAGAUAUAUAUUUGAAGUUCGUUUGUUCACGGCAGCCAUGUUUCAUAUCAGGGAUGUUUUCGCUGGCUACACUGGCUUAAGUAAACGGAUGUAAAGCUGGUCUAAUUACAUUCACGACCCAACGACAACGUUUCCACACUCCGGUCUAGUGUGUUCAUCAGGGUUAAUCUAAAGAAUGCUCGAUGACGUCAUCGGUCAACAAGGUGGAGAUACUCUUGUUGGAGAUUGCUACCGCCUACCGUCAUCUCUAUUGGAAGCAUUAAGAUUCAUAGCAUGAAGAUUUAUGCUUUAAUAUAUGCCAUGCUUCUAUGCAACAUCCAUAACAACUGUUAGCCGUGAUUAUUUCAGGGUCGUCCGACGCAAUAGUAUGCUUUAUUGGACACUCCACCAAAGCAGAUUUCCUCUUGUCUAAAGUUAAAUCUGCCUUUAGUGUUUUCUUAAACGUGUGAAAAUUAGCGCUUUGACUGGCCAAGUUGUUUUUCUCGCAUGUUAAAAAUGGCUCUGGGAUCGAGGUUCGCAUGGAAUAAUAUGAGUUAUAAUUUUUAAAUAUGAAUUAUUUCCUAAUGGCUAUACCUUGUUUAAAGUCUUAGGUAUUUAUGAUCGCAAAUUACUCGUCCACUGCUUAUUAUUGGUUGCUCUUGUAUUUCAGGUCCCAGUUCCCGAAAGACGUCCAAACCUGCGCCAUAUAAGCGUGAUUUUCAAGCCAAGGUUAAAUCAUUUCAUAAAAACAUUAUUCAUAAAGGACUGGGACAAGGACCGAAUAAGAUACAGUAAGUUUGUAAUACAAUUUCUUGUCCUCACCUGAAAGUGUAGGAAUCGCAAAAUUUCUGGUGUCCAAAUGGAAUCGAUCACUUGAAGAAAAACUGAUUACUGAAUGCCCCAACCGGAAAUCGAACCCAAUAUAUUUGAUCUAAUGUACCAGCACCCUGACCAAUAAGCUUAUGGAAUGCUCGAUUUGUAGCAGUCCAUUAGAUAUAUAUAUAUAUAUAUACGUGGUAUAUAUCUGGGUUAGAUAUCCUGCAUUCAAUGCAUACAUAAUACAUAUACAAUAACUACUUGAUUGUCUAAAUCGCCGGUCAGUGCUUAGAGCGCUGGUAUUUUAAACGAGAGAUCUUGGGUAUGAUUUCCUGAUGGGGUAUUCGGAAAAUAAUUACUCAGCAAGUGAUUUGAUUCCAUUUGGAUGUUGAGCACCGCAGAAGUUGUACGUUUUCAUAUUUUAUGAAACAUUUUAGUAUAUACAACGGCUUUUAUUUGAUGAUAAAAAAUAAAUUAUUAUUAUCCAAAUCCUUUUUACUGCAGACUGGUCAUUCGUCGUGAACAUAUCCUAGAAGACGCAUUUGAUCAAUUAAUGAAACAAAAUCCCAAAACUCUUCAAAACAGCAAAUUGGAAGUGAAAUUUUCUGGUGAAGAAGGGUUAGUAAUGGAGUAUAUAUUUAUGUAUAUUUUAAUGAGCAAACUGCAAAGGAAAUCAGCACGGCAUCAUUGUGCUAAUUGCACUUAAUAAACGUGCAUAAAUUAACUCUUUGGUUUGAGUAGCGUUAAACUGUUGAAAAUGCAACUUAGGUGAUCGAAAGCCUGUUAGAAUAAAAUUUACGACCAGACGCUAGAGCGUUAUCCUGGAUCAGGGAGUUUCCUGUUUGGCUUAAGCUGUAGCCUGCAAAACCUCUGCAGGGCACUAGAGCGUCUGCUUAACUUAUAAUCAUAUGAAUCCUGUUCGAACAUUCUCUAUUUUCAUUGUUUUUAAAAGAUUAAUGGUCUCAUUUUUUUCAUUUUCAUUGGUUUUCUCUUUAUUUGCACACUUCUUUAUAUUUCUCCUCCUUUGCCAUGAUUUUACUUUACUGUAUUUUUCUCUAUUGUUUUCAACCUUUCAAACAGUUUUUCAUUCAUUCAUGAAUAAUGCAUUAAACAUUCAUGUAUGUCUGAAUUUUAUAAAGGCUUGAUUAUGGUGGUCCUCAACGAGAAUUUUUCUUCCUAAUAUCACGUCAGUUGUUUAAUCCAUAUUAUGGAUUGUUUGAAUAUUCUGCUCAAGAUACAUACACUCUUCAUAUAAGUGCUAUGUCGUCUUUCGUUGAUAAUGCUCACGACUGGUAAGAUUCAUUUAUAUUUUUAUCAUACAUUUUAACAUAUUUUUAUUAAAGUAUAUACUGUAUAUUACUGCACGUCAGUGUUAAUUAGUGAUUGAUGUAAUGAUUGAACGGAACGAAACUGAGUUGAUAUUGUCACGCGAUCUGAUUUCUUCUCUGAAAAUAAUGCCUUUUUCUAAAAUCUGCGUAUGUUGUUUUCUUCAGGUAUAGAUUUAGCGGUCGUAUUAUUGCCCUGGUGAUUAUUCAUCAACAUCUAUUGGACGCUUUCUUUACAAGACCGUUCUACAAACUGCUGUUAAAAAGGUGAUUUGUUAUUAAUACUAUUUAUAACACUAUACCUGUAUAUAUUUGUGUUAUUUCGAGUUGCAUUUUCGUCGUCCAUCAGCGAUCUUUAACAAUCACUUAACAACUAAGCUAUAUUGAAGCUAGAUGUAAUUUAUCAGUAUUUUCUAUCACUUUUUUUAUGUUUUAUACAGUGUAUAUAUUUUUAAGCCCUGCAUGUUAGUGAAGUUUUCUUCUUUUUUUUGCCUAAUGUCUAUUGCAUGACCGGAAAGCAGACAUUUAGUACCGGUAACUGGAAUGUUCCAUUCUCUUUUCAUUGUUUUGAAAUUCCAUUGUUCCCAUAUUAAUGAUUUUCAAUAUCGUAUAUAGUACUAUCGUCCCUGAAUGUUUCAUUUUUUCGUUAGCUCCUGUGAUCUGAGAGACGUGGAAGCUCUAGACGCUCUGUUUCACCAAAGUUUAGCGUGGAUAAUGGAGAGCGACAUUACUGAUGUUUCUCUUGACUUGUCAUUUACUGUUAAUGAAGAAUUAGGCGGGCAGGUAUGAUCAUGUCACCAUUAUUCUCUAUGCUGAUGACACUCUUCUCUAUUUUACCAGUGACUCGGCUUCAACUAUCGAACAUAAUUUAACGUUAGACCUGGCUAAUAUUACUUGUUGGUUACGUGGUAAUUAUUUAUCUUUGAAUCUCGACAAAACAAAACUGAUGUUGAUAGGUACUCAUCAACGACUUGCUCCAGUUAGUGAUUUCACAGUUCAUGGCAACGGCCGUGUUCUUAAAGGGUUGAAAAGUUUAAAUACCUAAGAGUUGUUCUAGAUCAAAAUCUUUCUUGGAAACUGAGCAUGUUGAGUACACAGGGAAAAAGAUUUCUUCUCGUUUAGGCUUGCUACGCAAAGCACGCAAAGUUCUACCUAGGAAUGCUUGCAUGACUCUUUAUGAUGCUAUAGUUUUACCUCUGUUUGAUUACUGUUGUAAUGUUUGUGAUAGUUGUGGCCUAGGUAGUAAAGCUUACCUGCAGAAACUCCAUCGGCGGGCUGCCGGUAUAAUUGAAGGCAGAGUUGUAGAGUGCACAGAAUUACCAGACGUUCUUCUCUGGCAUGAUUUACAGAAACGCCGAGACUACCAAAAAUCAAUCCUGGUGUUUAAAUCCCUGAAUGGUUUAGCACCAGAAUAUCUGAUUGGUGAAUUUGUACAUGCAAGUGCAAUUCACGCAUAUCGCACAAGACACCGUGACUUAUUGCGCAUUCCUUUAGCUAAGACCACCAAAUAUCAAGGGAGUUUUCGUAUAAAUGGUGCUCGCACUUAUAAUUUACUACCUAAAGAGAUAAGGAUGUCAAAUAAUAUCAAAGAAUUUAAGAUUAAGGCCAAGCGCCAUUAUCGAUCAUGAAAGUCUAUAUGUCAACUUUAAUUUAUAUGUUUUAAUGUACCAUGUCUAUGUAUGUGUCCUAUAUUGUAUAUUUUGUUAACAUUCUAUUUAUGUAUAUUGUAAUUAAUAUAGUAUAUUUUGUAACUAAUUUAAAUUUAAUGCAGGACUCCAUUUAAACUAGCCUUGGCUAAAUUGGAUGUUCCUGUUUAAAUAUUAAAAUAAAUAAAUCAAUUCUCAUAUCCAUCAGGGCAAUUUUCCAUACCGUAAGAUAUCUGUUAAGCCUCCGGGGCGUACUAAGGAAGUGGACUUGAUUUUGCCGAAACACAGCAAAUAUACUGUAUAUGAUACACAGUAAACUAGCAUGAGCUUUUCACAGAACCCCCCUCAGAGAAACAUAAAGACGAAAUUUCCAACAUGAAUGAUUUCUUACACUACUGAAGUCAACCGUAACAGCUGACUCGAGCGGGGUUUGAACCAUUCUCGUCCGCGCUCGGCCGAGAGGUCCUGGGGACGAGGCGGGGUUUGAACUCGUACCUUUGGGACUCCGGUCUGCCGCUUUACCUAUCAUAUAAUCUCUAACGGUCUGCACCAGUGUAGGUAGUGACGAUAAAAAAAAACUAUCGAUUGAGGGGAUACAACUACCUGAAAAAUACAAGCAGAACUUCGAUGAGCGAAGGCCCUUCGUCGGGAAGUUAGUAGCUUCUGCUUCAUUCUCGUACCCAGAGCCCUUCUUACGCGCGUUGCGACGAGGGGCUCUGGCCAAAUCCAUAACCAGAUACCAUAAAAACAUGGUAAGAAAACAAUGUCCGGUGUUAGAACUAGCCAAUCAGAUGCCAGUUCGGAAUAUGGAUUUGGCCAGAGCCCCUCGUCGCACCGCGCGUAAGAAGGGCUCUGGGUACGAGAAUGCUUCUGCUUGUAUUUUUCAGGUAGUUGUAUCCCUAUAAAUCCACAGCUCUACCUAUUAAGCUACCGAGUCAACAGGGAUUGGAGGCAAGUUGUAUCCGUCUAUAGCGUUUAAAGACUCUUUUCCACUCAUCGUAAAUACCAAAGCUCGCUGCGAGUACUCGCAGCCAAUCAUAUUGAUCAACAGUUUACGUUAAUUAGAUGCAAAUACUCUCGACGAGCUGGUGUUUACGAUUGGAGUGGAAAAGAGCCUUUAAUUAAACGCUAUACACAGAUAGAACUUGAGCAGAAAACAGCCUUAACAAGUCUUGCCGAAAACAUUUCGUGCAUGACUGACAAACAACUAACCCUUUAAAAACACAUUUCUGGCGAAUUUAUAGUAACGAACAUCGAGUAACAAACUGUAUCUUAUGUCGUAGGUAAAUGAGCGUGAGUUACUACCCGGUGGUAGAGAUAUCCGAGUGACUGAAGAUAAUAAAUUAGGCUACGUUGAAUUGAUGUCAAACUGGAGGAUUGAUCGUGGAGUUUCAGACCAAAGAAAAAGUAUUCUGAAAGGAUUUUAUGAAGUACGUCGAAUUGAAAGAUUUUGUAUUAACAAAGCAAGAUAUGAAUAAGUAGUAAAGAGUUUUAUUAUUUUCUCUAAUUUUAAGCUGAUAAUCUACUGGUAUUUUGGCUUAAUUAAAGUAUGUUUCUUAUCGUUUUUAGAUCAUAGAUUAUGACUUAGUUUCAAUGUUUGAUGCGUGUGAGCUUGAACUGUUAAUAUCGGGCACAGCAGAUAUUGAUGUUAAUGACUGGUUUUCUCAUACGGAGUAUCGAUCAGGUAAGAUUGAAGUUUGGAUAAAAAUCUUUGAACUAUAUAGGAUUAACCAUUGUUGCUUACACUCAUCAACCAUAACAUUUCUCCCGUACGCAUUUUCGCGCGCCCUUUUAGGUAUUGGUCAUUAUCUAUGGUGGGGAGGGGGGGGGGGCACCGAAAAGAAAAGGGUUGCGUGAACAAAAUUUUGAAUGAGUAAAAGUUGGGUAAAUGAAAAACAAAACAAUUCAAGGGUUGGGUAAUUCCUAUUUUCAAAGCAUGACUCACACAAAUAGUGAAGACUAAAAAGCAAUGUCAACAGUCAUAUACUGUAUCAAUACAAUAUGUACCAUCAUGAUCAUUUCUCGCUUUGUCAGGAGGCAAACGGUGUCUCCGAUCCAAAGAAAGUACGUGUGCAAACAACAUGAAACUUUACACUGCAGAAAAUUGCACUUGCAGUUAUCAAAAUAAUCUCACAGAAGUGGUAAACAUGUGUGACAAUUGAAUGGUAUCCUUUUGUAAAGUUUUUGGCCAGGGGUGAAUAUUUAUUUUUUAAUUGGUAUUUGAGGUUGGAUAAAGAGAAAUUCUGACUUUUUUAUGGUAGGAUCAAGAAAAACAUUUCUCUUCGGUACACCCUCCACCACCAUAAAUAAUGAUCGGUCUCUUAUAACUCCCAAAUAAAAACCCUUGAGCGGAAGUCUAUAGUCAACCUUAAAAGUAUAAAGAGCUGAAUCUCCAACACUCAAAACAUCUAAAUCCUCUAUUGAUAUACAUUUGGUAAACUGUGUUGAAUUUUAGCAAACGUUUAUUUGAGAAAAAGAUACAACGGUCUUUUUAUUUUAUGAGAGGAAUCGUUCUCUGUCUCUGGCAUAUUCUUUGCCAGAGAACGAUUAUUCGAACGUUUAUUCUUUGGGCCGUGUUGUAUCGGGCGGACGUAAAUGUUGUAAAUGGCUUGUGAAACGUCUUGAUGAGAACGUUCGUCAAGUUAAAAUUGAACUUUUAAAACGUUUUAUGUAAAUCAGCAUGAUUUUGUGUCAGAUAUGCAAACUCCUUCACGCUCAUGGUUUUCUUUGGUGCAUUAUCUCAGCCAAUCAUGUUGAACAUAUAGUCUUGCUCAGACUGUCUUACGCCCUUAUUCUAAAAGCACACUCACACUCAAUGAGUGGAGGUUCAAUCUGAGCUUCUCUUGAGUGUUAAUGCUGUUUUUGAAUAGCUGGAGGGCUAGUGUCAUACCUUACUCGGUGACUACUCACCCUCCAGCCAUUGAGACUCAAUAGAAGCUCAGAUUGAACCUCCACUCAUUGAGUGUGAGUGUGAUUGAGCUUUUAGAAUACGGGCGUUAGUCUAACACAUGCAUGUCAAAUGCUCUGCUUACAAACGCUCACCUUACAGAAGUUGAUUGCUUCUUUAUUAUGCUAAAUUAGGCUAAUAUAUAAUUUCGUUGUUAUAGGUUAUCAUCCAAACCAUAAAGUUAUUCGAUGGUUCUGGCAAGCAGUAAAUAGUUUUGAUAAUGAACAAAGACUAAGACUUCUUCAGGUAUUCUGUAUUUUCCUAUUUUACAAUUACAAACUAUAUAUACAUGUACUAUUAAGUAUAUAGUACGUGGGCUCAUUUCGUGGUUGCUGUUAAUGCCAACAUCAGGCUUUUCUUGCAUUUCUUGCAUUUCUUGCUUUCUUUUUCCGGCAUUUCUUUAUUCAGCUGGAAGGACGCCCAUUUUUUUAGUGCAUGAGAAGAGUAUUUUAAAAAAAAUGUUUAAAAGGAAAUGUUUUAAAAAACUGUUUAAGAGGAAAUGUUUAAAAAGAAUGUGUACAAGGAAAUGUUUAAAAAGAAUGUUUAAAAGGAUUUAGGAUCUACUAGUGGCUAGUCGUUUAUUUAGAUAGAAAAACUCACAGACUGUAGGAUAAGCUUUCUUACAAGUUUUCUCCAUCUCUUUUCAUUCUCAAGAUAUUUGAAUUUGAUUCAUACCUUGCAUGCACAAAUUUGUUUGAAAUUCCUAAUAUUAACUCACGUGAUUUAUAGUUUGUCACUGGAACAUCAAGUGUCCCGUAUGAAGGAUUCGCUGCACUACGUGGAAGCACUGGACUACGAAAGUUUUGUAUAGAGAAAUGGGGCAACCACACAAUGUUACCUAGGUAGGAGAAAAAUACUGAAAUUUAGAAAUGGAAACCAAAUUAGUAUGUACAUGCAUGAGGCAGGCAUGUGGUGCAUGUAUAGCAUUCUUCUCUUGGUCAAUCCGUAUUAGUUGCUCAACAGUUCAGAUAUUUUCGUCCAUGAAUCAAUGUAAUAUUGCUUGCUUGGCUUGACAAAAAACUUUUUCUUUGUAAAUGUUGUAUUGUUCGUACUUGCGCAUAGAGAAAGUGAAAUAUUUAAAAUAACAAAUAAUGGCAAGAUUAUCCUGCUUUGACUCCAGAUUGAGUAGUAUCUAAAGACUUCUAGACAUUCACAACAUCUAGAAUGGACUCAGGAAGAUCAUUCCACAAUUCAACUCAAAUUGAUAGUUAAUCCAGUCUUACCGGAUAUCAUAUCCGGCCUGAUAGUGACACAAUCUCAUUCAUUAUCCUGUCGGAUAUGUAAAAUAUCUAGCCGGAUACCGGAUAUUGUUUAUUUGAGGUUCAGACCUUCUUUUCAGGUUAAAAAUGAUGCAAUACGGUUUAAAAAGAACGAGUCUAUCUAUCUAUCUAUCUAUCUAUCUAUCUAUCAUAUUUUUACUUGAAAUGAUCGUAGAGAAGCUGGCGAUAUUUUCAAGAUUUUUCAUGCUCGCUCCAAAUGCGAAAAAGUGGGUUUGAAUGUUUAUCGAUGUUGCAGUGUUAUGUUCUUUCCUACCAUUUCAAGCAGAACAUUUUUUAACUAUGUAACUACUGGGGCAUUCACCCCAGUAGGCCCUUUGCUUGCCCCAAUAGUGAAGCAUGAUUUUCAAAUGAGCUGGGCCCUUUUAAUCAUUAGUAAAAAGUCAACCUUGUUGAAAAAGCUUCAUCUGCCUGCUUUUUUAUAUCCUCUCACAUUCUAAAUAUUUCAUCUUAUAUAAGUCAGUACAGGCCUGAGCGUUGGUAAGGAUGUGUGUGUGGGGUGGAACACACCAGUUGUCAGGUAUUGGGCAAAUUAUCUAAUCCAAGAUGGAUAGGAAGGAAAGAAACUAAAAUAUUUGAGUGACACUGAUUUUUACAUAACAAUUGCAGCUAACAUUUGGAGAAUAAUUGUAACUAAAAAUGGAAAAGGAAUAUUAAUUAGCGUCCCCCUCCCCUCCCCCACAAUUUUGGGGAGAGGUAUAUUAAUUAGCGUUUGAAAUGAGUCGGCAAAAUUUAAGGCUAGCGCCAACCCUUAGCACAGGAUUAUCUUUAUGCGCGCGUAACUGUGUGGGGAAAAGGCCCUCAUUGAGACUUUGCCCCAGUAGUUGUAAUUUCUUAAAAAAUGCCCUGAUUUCAAGUCGAUAUAUUAUAAACACCAUACUUUAUAACUAAAUAAAAUAAUUAUUUAACCUUGAAUGAUUAGGCCUGAACGUAAUAUAACCAAUAUCCGAUAUCCGGUCGGAUAUUUUUCAACUAUCCGACAUAUCCGGUAUCCGGCAGGAUAGUAAAAUGCUUUGUUCGGUGCACCCCUAAUAAUUAUAACCAUUUAUGUUUGUAACUGUUUCUCUAAGUAAGAGGGAACUACAAUGAUAUUUUCAUUAAAUUACUCUGAUACUUUAAUACUGAAUUCUGUGUGCAACUUAGAAAGGGUGGGCACAGAAUGACAGAUUGUAAAUUAUAAUUCAAUUGGUAACCCACAUAUAUUUGUGUUUUCAGGGCACAUACAUGUUUCAAUCGUCUUGAUUUACCAGCCUACCAAAAUUAUAAUGAACUUCAAGAAAAAUUAACACUUGCUGUUGAAGAAACCAGCACAUUUGGUAUUCAAUAGAUAGGGUAUCUCAAUUCAUCCACCGUAUUUUGAAGAGAGCAAGAAGAUUUAUGAUGGCACAUGAAUUUUGGAACGGAAAGAUAUUUUUAUUAAUUGGAAAAGCGGUGAUCCGCGAUUGAUGUUAUAGAAGUAGACGUUUGCUGUUUUAUGAGUUUUAGACGUCCUGAACUAAAAGUAUACUAUGAUAAGCAUCGCUUGAAGCAAUUAUUAGUCCAUAGUCAGCGUGAAAAACUAGGAAAUUCUGUUUAUAGUUACAAUGUUUUUAAUGCAUAAUGAUGUUUUAGAAACAGUGAUUUUUACACGCAGCAGAAUUUUGAGAGUUUAUACAACUAUACGAAAUUUGGCGUCUUGAAGCCAAUUCAAACCAUUUCAGCACAGCCAACAUUGUUGACGCAAAAAUGGUAAAUUAUGUUGGAUGAAAAUUUUGAACAAUUCAAACCUAUCCAAAACAAUUGGCGUACUACUGAAGAGGCUGUGGUAACAGCGAAAUUAAUCUAGAUCGUCAAUUAUUAUUUGCAAUUAACACUGUGCUGAAAGAGUAAAACAGACAAGAUGUCGAUCAAAACCGCAAAUUUAUCUUGUUUCGAUCAAGAGACUUUCAUAUACAAACCUUGUCCAAGAUCAGCCAACAUUACCAAACAUAGUGUUAAAACCAAACCCAUUGCAACAAUUUUGCAUCCACAAUGUUGGAUGAUGUUUGACUGGUUAAGAUUUGAACGGGCCUUUACACCCUAUAUAAAGCCACUUUUCAAACCAUGCAUGGCCGAUCAGCUGCUUUUGUAACAAUGUUUUCUUUCAAUAAUCACACAUAGGUCACAUGGUUGCAUUGUUGCAAUGAAUUUUCCAGAAAUGAAAUAGCUUAACAAUGAGCCAGAAAUCUUAGGAAGCAGUUGUACAGUCUACAGUUAUACAUAUAGGCAUUCUCUCAUUCAAAACUAAACUGCUUCAUACUAAUUCUUAAAUUGCAUGGUGAAUUGUGGUUGUAUCGCGAGUGUAGAGAAAAAAUUGAGAAACCUUUUGGGUUUCUCCUAUCUCUCUUUGAUUUUCAUACAGUUAUAGGUCAAUAGACCCUUUCAAGGUUAACGACGCCAAGGGGUACAAACACAAUGGAAUUCCCUUUAAGUAAAUUUGCAGGGUGUGCAAACAGUGGUGAAAACAAUAUAUUCAAGAUGGCGUCCUUAACCUUGGAAGGGCCUAUUCUUUGAUCUUCAUAUCUUUACAAGCUGUUUACUCUAUAGUUGUUGAAUUACAUGGCGAAAAUAUUUUUGACGUUGUACUGUAUAUGAAAAUAGUAGUGUUAUUUAUUUAAUUUUAUUGGUGUUAUUCCAAUUCUGAAUUUUAUUUCAAUUUGCUUUUUGAAAGCACUAGAGGAUUUCUAUUGUAAAAAUGUGAGCAUGUUUAUGUGUGUAUGUUUUUACCACAUGCAGUACUUCAGAUUUGUUUGGACGUGAUGUUCAUCACAUAUAGCCGUAAUUUAGGACAAUGAAUUUUAUGAUGUAAAUAUAUUUCCGUAAUGAACAUGCAGAAGUUAAAAUUUAGAAACAAUUUAUUAAAUUAUUU